AUGGCGGAGGCUGUUGUCGGGCAGCUGGUGCUCACGCUGGGGUGUGCGCUGGCAAAAGAGGCAGCGAUCUUUAGCGGGGCCCUGCUCGGCAAGGAAGCCUCUGCCCUCAGGGGCCUCUUCGGCAAGAUCCGUGACUCCAAGGUGGAGCUGGAGAGCAUGCAGGCCUACCUGCAGGAGGCAGAGCGGUUCAAGGACACCGACAAGACCACCGUCAUCUUUGUCGGCGCGAUCAGGGGCUUCGCCUUCCAGAUCGAGAAUGUCGUUGACGAGUUCACCUACAAGCUGGAGGACUGCAAGCAUGGAGGGUUCGCUGGCAAGAUGAAGAAGAGGCUCAAGCAUAUCAAAACCUGGCGCCGCUUGGCAGCCAAGCUCCAAGAAAUCGAUGUCAAGCUGAAAGAUGCCAAGAGGAGGAACCAGGAUUACGCCGUCACUAGCAGAUUUGCUUCUUCUGCCAGAUCGACGAAUCAAGGUCAAGCUCUUCACUUCACCAGGGAUGAGGACCUUGUGGGGAUAGAGGAGAACAGGGACAGGUUGAUACGCUGGCUGACCGUCAGCGGUGGUAGUGGUCAUGGUCUGGAGCAGAGCAACGGCAAAGUCACCACGGUGUGGGGGAUGCCUGGUGUUGGUAAAACCACUCUAGUUGCUCAUGUGUACAACACAGUAAAAGUGGAUUUCGACGCGGCGGCGUGGGUAACUGUGUCGGAGAGUUACCGUCUUGAGGAUUUGCUGAAGAAGAUUGCCACCCAGUUCGGCAUCACAGUCGACGUCGCCGACAUUGAGAUGAGAACCUAG